AUGGACUUCAGUCUGCAAUACCCCACGGUGGCGGAAGCGGACCUCCACAACGCAGAAGUGCUCACGAAGCGGAAGCGCUACUUCCUCGGCGAGAUCCGUGGCCAGGCACUAGUGCUUGGCUACCUCCUAAGUGUGUUCAUAUACCUCCGAGACAGCUACCUGUUUCUGCUUAUACUACGACUUGGCAGCCAGUGGAUCGCCUCGGCUCAUCUACCGCCGGAGGUUCAAAUUAACGCCACCGAGGAGUUUAAACAGGCCACGCUGAAAAAGACGCUUAUCCUCAUAUUGAUGGCAGCCGGCUACUCGAUGUUUAACCACUUAAUUUUUGGAGGCCCACGAGAGGGUCGAGAAAAUCAUGGUGGGCUCACGCUUCAAUUUAUCGGCGACCACGGCCGUCCUUGGGGACGUACAACUCUAUUGUUGUUUGAUGUGGUCUGGCUAGCGUGUCUGUUACUCUACUUUCUUCUCGAACAGACGGUUGACGACUCAGAGGUGACAUCAUCGCGCCACGUUACUCGAGAAGACGGCGAUGGCUAUACUGGUCAAGUGGAGCUUCUCACUCUUGAUCCCGUUAAACAGAUCCGUGAUGUCCUCAACUACCAAAUUACCAUGGCUAAUUCAAUCCAUUUUCCUGGUAUUAACCGGGGAACUGGAGGAGCCACCGAGAAUACUACCCAACAACCGCCACCCCCUCCGCAACCCGUCCCUGGUUUCUUCCCCUCUCAAGCAUUUGUUUAG